AUGCAUUCUAAUCGUAUCAUUCACUCUCGGGAUUACAUAAAAUGCUUAAAACCUAAAAACUUUCGUAUUUGCAAUAAACUCAAGAAAAAGAACUAUGGUGGUUGGCAACGUGCUUUAAAAUCUACACCCAUACAUCAAACCACUGUUCCGGUAAUCGUUAGUACCAAUUGUCGGUCACUGCCUAACAAAAUUCUGGAUUUUCAGUCCCUGUUGUUAUCCGAAACUUAUCACAAUACUGGUAUUGUCACUCUACAAGAAACCUGGCUUCAUGACUCAUAUGAUGACAAUAUAGUAUCUUUAAAUGAUUUUAAUGUAUUCCAACAAGACCGUGUUUGUUCCAAGAAAAAAUGCGGCGGAGGAGUAGCUACAUUUAUUCACUCAAAAUGGUCUAUUUCUAACAAAGUUUGUUUCAAAUUCUCGAAUGACUACAUUGAUUGCAUCACUGUGAGAUGUCGCCCGAGACACUUGUCAAAAUACAAAUUCAUUUAUAUUUCUAAUGUUUAUGUCUCUCCUGGCUGUACCAUAUCGGAUUUAUCUAUGUUCGCAGAUGAAUUCACCGCUUUUGCUGCAGCUUGCUUCGAGAACUCUUUAUCAAUAGUGACUGGCGAUUUUAACUCAUGUGAUCACUCCUUCCUUAUAUCACUUGGCCAUGACAAUAUUGUUAACUUUGCUACCCGUCUCGAAAAAACACUAGAUCUAGUACUCAUCAAUGAUGUUGGUAUAUAUGAAGCUCGCAAACGUGCUCCUGUAUUGAACUCUGACCACUGCAUCAUACGUGUACUGCCAAAAAUAUAUUCCGAAUCACACAAACGUGUCUUCUCUCACCUCUACAGUAAAUUUCAACGGAGAUGCUACUCACAAGACAAUCUAAGCAAACUCAGAUGCAUGUUGAUAGAUACUAACUGGGACCUAUUUACAGAACAAACAUUAAAUGACACAAUCACAAACACUACAGAUUAUCUUAAAUUCUGUUUGGAAAUAUGUUGUCCUAAAGAAACAUUAUUCACUCGAUUUGACCGUUUCUCUUCUUCAUAUCUCAAAACGUUACUUAGAGAUAAAGAACUGUUGUUCAAAACAAAUGAUAAGUCAGGGGUAAAAAAGCUAAAUACUCUGAUAAAACUCGAAAUGCACAGACUAAAUGUUUUACACAACCAAAGAUUCUUGUCAUGUAAAACCCCUUCUAGUUUGUGGAAACUUUUUAAAGAAAUAACUAGCGGUAAGCGGUGUACUUCUGUCCAAUCUCUUAAUGUUGAUAAUCUUAAUAGGUCUUUCGUACGCUCCUCUGUCGAUAUCCUUCCUAAUGAUACAAAUCACACAGACAAUAAUUCUAGUGGUUUUAAUACCCUUGAUGUGCUUAAAUGUCUCCGUUCUCUUAAGCCUUCCCAAAGCCUUGGUCCUGAUGGCGUACCUGCCAUUGUCCUCAGGAACUGUGCUGAUAUUUUGUGUUACCCUCUUACUAAUAUUUUUAAUGCUUCCUUUUCCAGUAAUGUUCUACCUUCUGCAUGGAAAAACAUUAAAAUUAUCCCUAUACUAAAACAAUCUUCUGGUACCGAUAUUAAAUUUAGGCCUAUUGCAGUUACUUCUCCUUUUUUAAAAUUGAUGGAAAAACUACUUUUACUUCGUCUUGAACCUUCAUUGAAACUAAUUAAUGAUCCUAAGCAAUUUGCAUAUAAACAUGGUAGAAGUACCUUGGAUGCUGCGGUUGUCUUAUAUCAUAAUGUUGUUUCUUGUUUAGACAAAGGUGCCAAAUAUGUUCGUGGUGCUUUCCUAGACUACACAUCUGCGUUUGACUCUGUACCUUGGGGUCUUUUAUUAAAUAAGCUCUCCUUGACGCACACAGCAUCCUGGGCUAAGAGUUGGUUGCAUUCUUAUUUUUCUGAUAGAAUGCAGUAUACUGCAUAUAAUGGCAAAUCUUCUGCUUUGCUUACAAAAGCCGGUGUUCCUCAAGGUGCCGUCCUCCCUCCUUUUCUUUUUUCUUUCUUCCUACACGACCUGCCACAUUUAAACGAAACUAAUUUUGUCAAAUAUGCUGAUGAUCUGACUGUAUCACUGCCUAUCACUUCCGAGUCUGACUGCUCCAAACUUAAUAGCUUUCUGUUGGACAUCAGCAAGUGGUCUAAGUCAAAUGGUCUUAUGUUAAACCCUUCCAAAUGUCAGGCAGUUAACUUUACCUUCAAGCAUCGACGUGACAUACAUGAACUAGUUAGUUCCCAUGAUGCCUGUAGCAUAGAUGGCACAGAAAUUGAAACCAAGUUAAGCAUUAAAUACCUUGGAUUAGUUCUUUCCUGUGACCUUCCAUGGUCAUCCCACAUUUUAUUGACCUCUAAAAAAAUGUUUCGUCUUACCUUCUACAUUAAAAAGUUAAGACAACAAGGUAUUAACCAACCUUUAGUUCUGCAAUUUUUAAUCUCCUGUAUUUCACCUAUUGUACUCUAUUGUUCUCCAUUAAUCUUUCCUGGACUUCUUAAAAAAGACUAUGUCAUAUUACGAAGGGUAUUAAAUGCUGUGGGUAGGGCUUGUGGUUUGCCACUACGUGAGCUCGCCAAUACUAGAGUCGAGAGACACGUAAAUUCCUGUACAAAUUGGGCAAAGGCCGUACUGUCAGACCCUCUGCACCCUCUUUAUUCACAACUAUCCCCUUGUAUCUCAUCAGGUAGAACGAGAAGUCAAUAUAAGAAAUUAUAUGCUCGUAACACUAAGUACAAAAAUUCUACAAUACCGUAUUUAGCCCGUAUUUUAUGUGAUGAAGACUCUGUUAGACGUGAAACAUACAAGUUACUAUGUAAUUAG